AUGCGGCCUCCCUUCACUGAUUGCAGCACUUGUAGGCCCAAUCUUGACCUACUGCACAGACAGCAGUCACGAAGCCCUAUCACAGUCCUCGUUCGCAGCGAGCCUUCGGUGUGCUGCGACGCGCACAAGGCCACCAACGUCAACCUUCCUUCAUCCCUCCACCUCCAUCCCACAACCAUCGUCAUCAUCAUCACUCACAAUGGGCAAACCUACCACUACAACCCCGCCUCCAAGACUGAGCUUAACCACAGAAAGCGGAAGCUCGGCGAGAGGUCAAACUCGAUGGAGCCUGAAUGCACCGACACCGACCCCCUCGCCAUCUUUGAAGACCCAGUCAGCGAGGUGGUCGACAGCACACACUCUGCGGCUUAUCCCUCCACACCCCCGGGCCCCGCGAACCAAAGCCCUUGUGGUUCGGUCGUCGACUCCGACUAUGAGAGCGAGAGCGAGUAUAACUUGCCGCAGCCGCACAGCAGCACCAACGCCGAGCAUUUGCAAGCCUGCAACUGCUCCGGCAACUACUGCUACAGCAGCGACGUCCUUGAAACCCAAUCCUCUGAACCGGAUGAUGAUGACGUUAGCAGCGAUCUCCCAGAACCCUUGCUCGACGACGAUGAUGAUUCUAGUGAGCUUAGCUCGCCGCCCCCACUUAGUGAUGAUGCCCUCCCCAUCGAGAACGGCAGGGAUGAGGUGACAGCGCCUCUGUCAUCGAGCAGCGAGCUUGGUGAUCUCAGCAGUGAGACUGAGCGGCUCGUCAAGGCUGAGGACGUUCUGGUGCGGGCAUCCUCACCGGCUAUCUCUUCGCCGCUGGUUCCGUCACCGCCGCCGAUUGUACCGCCGCCGAUUGUACUGCCAAAUACCCCGUCCGCGGCGACUAAGAGAAAGGCUGUGAUUGCCUACGGUCCAGGGAACAGAAUUCUUUACGGCGCCAAGAGACAGAGACUGGCGAAAUAG